AUGAACUGCAACUACGCCGUCCAGCUCGGCCUACAGGCCGGCUUCAGUCUGGUUGGUCUGGCAGGAAGUGAUCUUCGCAACGGUUGUCAAACGGCCACUCUGGCUCUGCUAUGGCAGCUGAUGCGGGCUUACACUUUAGCCAUUCUUACUCGAUUGGCAGCAGCCACUGCUGGCGCCACCUCACCCAUGGACAGCGGCUUGGUGGUCGGGUCUGGCGACAAAAACAACAACAGCCUAAACACAAACAACAAUGCUGUCGUUGGCCAAACCUGCCUUACAGGCUCUUCAUGGAGGCCGAGACGAGGAGGUCUGGACCAAAAAGGUGAUGCUAACGAUAGGCUUUAG